AUAAUUUGUCAAAAAAUGUGCUACAUAAUUGUCGGCUACAGGGGGCAAAGGAUUGAAUUCGGAAAACGGUAUACGGUAUAUGGUAGAUAGUGUCUGUCUGCUAGCCUAUUAGUUCUUGCAAUUUGACUUGUGCACUUUAUUUUUUGGUUGGGGGUGGUAAUAUCUUAAUGUCUAGCUGGAUGGGAGCAUAUGAUCCGACAAUGCAUAUGCAAGCAAAUGAUGUUGACUCGGGGGCGGUAAAGGCGGAGGAGGCAGGGUGCGAUAGGCUAGUUAGGUUGGUCGCUGACAGCGGGCGGGGGCCGGGGAUGGCCAUGGGAAAUGGAAUUGCUGCUUGUUUGUGUGUGUUUGGUUUGUGAAGAGCAUGCCCCCACCCAUGUGCAGGUGAUUAGUCUCCAAGGGGUUGUGUGGGGUUGGGGAUGAAGUUUCUUGAGAGGAAGUCAUGUUAGGAUCACAUGCCUUCAUUAAUCCUGCAUUAUGAUGCCAUUAAAAGGUGUGAUCUUGC